AAACAUUACAAUUUACAAUGAAAAUCAAUAAAUUUCUGAAUUGAAUAAAACGAUUCAAUUUGCACAAACAUUGUUCAGUAAUAGCUGUACAGUCGAAGCAACGUGAAUUCAAAAUGGCUCAAGUUGAAAUCAAAUAUACUAAGUUGUUCAUCAACAACGAAUGGGUUGAUGCAGUUAGUAAGAAAACGUUCACGACCAUCAGUCCACAAGAUGAAACUGUAAUCACAGAAGUUGCUGAAGCAGACAAGGCAGAUGUUGAUACAGCUGUUGCAGCAGCAAAAAAAGCAUUUCAUAGAUACUCCCAAUGGCGCACAAUGAACGCAUCCCAAAGAGGUCGCCUCCUCCUCAAACUGGCCGACAUCAUAGAAAGAGACGCCAAUUAUCUGGCUGAACUUGAAACUUUGGACUGUGGGAAGCCAGUGAAACAAGCACGGCUGGAAGUGUUUUGGUCAUCGGGCAUACUAAGAUAUUAUGCUGGGAAAGCUGAUAAAAUCUUGGGAAAUACAAUUCCUGCAGACGGGGAUGUCCUUACGUUCACAUUGAAAGAGCCCGUCGGAGUUUGUGGCCAAAUUUUACCUUGGAAUUAUCCAAUUCCUAUGCUAAUUUGGAAGAUUUCUCCCGCUUUGGCUGCCGGAUGUACGGUAGUAGUGAAACCCGCUGAACAGACACCAUUGACAGCUCUCGCUAUAGCUGCUUUAACCAGAGAAGCAGGUUUCCCAGACGGCGUGAUCAAUGUGGUACCAGGGUUUGGACCAACAGCCGGUUCGGCGUUAACCUGCCAUCCCGACGUAGACAAGAUUGCUUUUACGGGAUCUACUGAGGUUGGUCACAUCGUCAUGACUUCAGCAUCAGCUGUAAACUUGAAAAGAGUAACACUUGAGCUCGGUGGUAAAAGUCCACUAGUUAUCUUCAACGAUGCAGACGUGGAAAAAGCAGCAGAAAUAGCUCACAAAGCGGCAUUCGCCAAUGCUGGGCAGUGCUGCAUUGCCGCCACGCGAACAUUUGUUCAGUCUGGCAUAUACGACAAAUUUGUUUCAAAAGCAAGCGAACUUGCUAAAAACAGGACCGUUGGUAAUCCUUUCGAUGAUAUCCAACAAGGCCCACAGAUCGACAAAGAAAUGUUGGAGAAAAUUUUGAAAUUUAUAGAAGCUGGAAAAAAAGGGGGAGCGAAAUGCGUUGCAGGUGGCGAGCGUUUAGGAAAGAUCGGUUAUUUCAUUCAGCCUACAGUUUUUGCAGACGUACUAGAUGACAUGAAAAUUGCUAAAGAAGAGAUAUUUGGUCCAGUUCAAAGUAUUUUAAAGUUCGAAACGUUUGAAGAGGUAGUGGACAGAGCUAACGAUUCAAAUUAUGGAUUAGGGGCUGGUGUUAUUACGAACGACAUUAACAUCGCGUUAGCUUUCGUGAAGCAUGUCCGUGCUGGUUCAACGUGGGUAAACACAUAUGAACACAUCACACCUCAAACUCCGUUCGGAGGCUUCAAGGAAUCAGGGAUUGGACGGGAAUUAGGAGAAGAAGGUAUAUUGCAAUAUGUAGAAAACAAAACCGUGACGAUUAACCUCCCGAAGCAGUGUUUGGUUCGGUCUGGUUUGAGUUGCUAAAAGUCCAGAGACUUUUUCAAUUCUCAACAAAAUAAAUUAUUCCUUUUUACAA